AAUGUCAUCACUACCAGACAACGUAACUUGCUGUUCCGACUGCGUUUCAAGGCCCACUCCUUGCAGAGAUUGAAGAGUCUGGAUCCGAGUGCUUUUGAAUAUCUGUUUAAUCAGGUUCGAGCAGACUUCCACGCCAGUGAAAUACCUGAAUUGAUAAAACACCCGGAAGAUGGCCUCGGCUUGGUUGUGACAGACAUUUUGCUGUAUCUGCUGAAUAACCCAACUAAGAAAGUGGAAAAUGUGGAUAUCAAAAGUUUCAUGCCAAAAGAGUUGAAUGGAUUUGCCAAUAGACUGAAUGUAAAGAAAAAUGUGGUCCAUUAUUUUGACACCUGGAGAGAUAAAGAUGCUUCUUUUGUGCAUGAACGAUACCUUUCUAAGGUUGAAGAAAAACGAUGCAGUUAUGGCACUGAAGAAUAUGUGCUCCUGAUGGAUGAGGCUGGGAAAGACUACAACAUCAGACUGGUCAUAGAUCCUUUCCAUUCUGAAUACCCUGGUCUGCGCUAUACAUAUGCUUCUCAGAGGAAAGGGGCAUGGAUACAACUUUGCCGCUUGGAUGAACUUGUAUUUGUGUCGACAAGGUUUCAGGACCUUACUGUUGAACUGUCCAGAGAAACAGGUGUCCCAUGUUAUUUCAAACUGCAGACGUUAGAGCAGCUCGAGUCUUUUGUAGGCUGCUUGAAUGGGUACUACCGUCUCAUACGCAAUUGGAAUUUUGAUUUGUGCCAAGAACUGUCAACACCUUCUCUUCUCUAUCUUCGUAGCAAUAAAUGCCAUGGACCAGUGGGAAAGCUAUUUUCAGCUAAGAAGCUUAAGGAGAAGGGAGGAGGAGAAGUUGGUGUUGGUUUGUUGAGGGAGUCCACAACAGAACACGAGAAGUACAAAUUGGAUAUAAUUGUAGAAGCAAAUAAGCCUCCUAUAACGGUUACCAUAGACAGAGAGGGUGGGAAGGUUCACCUUGAAGGUAAAAAAGAGGAAUUACAUGACAGCCUAAAGAAUCUUCUGCGAGAUUUAAUUACGAAAGACCAACUAGGAGUCAAGCUUUCGAGGAUAUUACCACCUUCCGACUAUGAUUAUGCUGAGCUGCUGCUUGUGUGUGCCAGUAAGGACAAGCAAGUUCAGAACAACAGCCAGUCCGGGCCUAGGAUCAUAAGUAUGGACCACCUGACUUCAACAAGACAAAACAUCAAACGAGGUCAGUUCUCAGCCUUGAUUAGAGCAAGAUGGAACGGGCUGGAAGACUCUGAUGUGGCAGUUAAGAUUCCCAAACUCCAGAAUGAGUCUGAGAAGGAAUCGUUUUUAGCUGUGAUGAACAAGUUUGCCUUUGUUAGCUGCGAAUGCAUCGUACACAUUUUUGGGGUAACACUUAACCCUUUGUCACUGGUCAUGGAGUUCUUCCCAUUGGGAGACCUCAGUUCAUACCUCCAGCAGAAUAAAAGCAUAGAAGAGGUUGAGCUUGUGGAAGCAGCAACACACUUGGCUCGAGCGCUUUGGUAUCUGAACCAAGAGGGUGUUCAGCAUAACAACAUUCGCUGUCACAACAUUUUGGUGGCAGAGCACACAGAUCAAACUUUCAAGGUCAAACUUGGUGAUCCGGGAAUGGUCAGAUGCACCGAGAAAGAUAUUCAUUGGAUCCCAAGAGAACAUCACUCACAUCCGGCAAUGGCAGUCAAUGAUGUUACUACCGACAUAUGGGCAUUUAGCACAACCCUGUGGCAGAUAUUUUCCAAGGGGAAAGAGCCAUUACCAGGUGCUGACUUGGAAGAGGUCCGUAAGCUUUAUGAAAUGGGACGUUUGUUGCCACGACCCGAUCUCUGUCCUAUUGACUUGUACAAGGUUGGUUCUUGGUCUGGACAAGGCCCAGAUCCUCAAGCAGAAGGGCCAGAUAUAAAGAGAAAAGGGCAGAAUAAUUAUUGUGCCAUUUUUUCUUUUUUUACUUUUUCAGUUUUUAAUUCAAGGAAGAAACACUCCUACCAGACAAUCUAUCGCGCAAGUUCAUCAACAACAGAGAACGAAGUAGAGGAAGACACCAAUAAUGAUAUGGAUGAUUAUAAUAGUUCCAUCACAACGCAGGUCACGACGUUGACUCUCUCGGACGGCACCACUUCAGAGUUUGUUGUGAACAAGGUAUCGGAAGCUUUUGUUGACGACCUCAUCUCAAUAGGAUCUGAUUUUUAUCCUUUGCCGAUGGCCUACAACAAUGUCUAUGCUGAAUCUGAUUCUCCUGAGGCAGCAGCUCCUGGCCUUACUGAAACCGUGACAAGUACAGAGAAAUUAAGUACGCUGUUACUGCCUCCACUUGCUGCACAACGUUUACCAGAAUUGCCUGCCAUCCCGUCCGAGCCCCUGCAACUCGACAAGUCUGACAUUACAUUAGACAUCAAAAUCGGAGAGGGGUACUAUGGGGUGGUGUACCGUGGUGAGAUGAAAGACCCCUGGGGACGUGUGGAGACUGUGGCCAUCAAGACCCUGAAGGCUGCAGGACAAAUUGAGGAUCACAUGAGGGAAAUCAAUAUUAUGAAGAAAUUAGACCACAAGAAUGUGGUGAAGUUGUGUGGCCUUUGUGAAGGAGAUGGGGAAGAGCUGUACAUGAUUAUGGAGUAUUUGAAGGAAGGGUCUCUGAAAGCAUACAUUCUCCGAUGCACUGAUCAUAUCACAGAUAGACACCUUCUCAAGUUUGCUUUGGAUAUCGCAGAGGGGAUGGACUAUCUUGAACAAAAGAGAAUCAUUCACCGUGAUCUUGCAGCUCGCAAUGUCCUUGUUGCUGAUGAAAAUACUGUCAAGAUUACUGACUUUGGUCUUGCCCAACAGCCAAAUAAAGGAAAUUACUAUAUUCGCCAAACUGUGAGAGCUUUACCGUUAGGAUGGUAUGCUCUUGAAUGCGUUGAGAAUGAGCAGUAUUCGCACAAGAGUGAUGUCUGGUCUUUUGGUGUGACCUGCUGGGAGAUGUUUACUCGUGGUGCUGAGCCUGACCUUCCAGAAAAGUCGGAUGAACUCAUACAGGCCCUGAAACUUGGCAGACGACUGGUUUGCAAGGGCGCAUGCAGGACAAACAUCUACUCCAAGUUAAUACGUAUUUGUUGGGAUCAAGAGCCAGCUGGACGGCCUAAUUUCUCUGACCUUAUAAUAACUAUCAAGGAACUGCAAGAGGAGUACAUGUGAUUGCAAUUAAAGAUCUUUGGCUUCAUUGAGUUGAGUGAGUCAGUGACUGUCCAUUCAGUUUACAGCUGUCAUAGCAGACCUACAUCAGGAAUACUGGUUGUUGACUAUUUCUUUUUUCUCAGCUUUUAACUUAAUAGUUUUCUGUAAUAGGGAAUUAUUGAAGCUUAAUCUUGUAUAGAUUAAGCUGUCAGUGUCAAGAUGUUAUUAUGUGACAUUUACAUUACUUAUUCUGCCAUGGAUAUUGCAGUGUCGUUAUUCUGUAAUAAUUUCCCAGCUAUAGUAUUAUUAUUUUGUCUGAAUACUGUAGCUUGUGUUUUGUGAUACCCUCCAAAGAAUUAAGGAUUUUUAUAUUGAGUGUCUAGAAAAUAGAUACAUUGUAAAAUAUCAGUGGGACUGGCAGGUUUCUUUUGCAGUUUUGCAAUUAUAUCUCUGUAAAUUUUUAGAUUUUAACUUUAGAUUUAAAGUAUUUUUAGAGGAACAAUAUUACCAAUAUCAGGUGCAAUGAUUUUGUAACUUUAAUGGAAUUAACUAAUUUGGUGUUGUAAUUCUUCCUUAUUGUAUUUUAGAAAUGUCUAUUUUACUGAAGAUCAUUCUUGUGUAGAGAAUGCUGGUCAGAGGGUACGGCUUUGUGUGUAUGCACACAUUAUCUCAACUCUAUUUUCAUAAAAGACAUUGCUUGAACAUUUCUGAUACUGCAGUAUGAUUAUCACCAUACUGCCAAAGCAAAAUUAUUUUUUACAACAUAUGAUGAUUUUUUUGGGAAAAGUGCUAAGCAUUUUAGACUGUAGUCCUUGUAUGAGUAAAGAUGAUGGUCAGAUUAUAGUAAUCAAAUAUAUAUUUAUAAAUAGCUUUAAUUGCCUCUUGCUUUACACAGAGUGGGUGUAUAUAUGAUAGAACUUUCAGAGGCAUAUAUGGAACACAAUUGUAUGUAUAUUAAUGUAAUAAAAUACAUUCCACCAUAUGGCCUGCAAAUGCAGA